GAGAGAGAGAGAGAGGGGGAAUCGAGCGAGCGAGCAAACGAGGUGAGACCGGGGGGCCUGGGCAAAUAAGGACCCUGCAAACUUUGCAUCCGGAGAAAUAUCGCGGCGAUCGAAGCGGAGCAGGUUUUAUGGAGGAGAAACAUAGCGGAUGUUCCUCACGCUGCACUGAAGCCCCGCUCCCUCCUCCCGGUCCGCCAUGUCCCAGCUCCUGCACGUGGAGAUCCCUAACUUCGGGAGCACGGUGCUGGGCAGCCUGAACGAGCAGCGGCUCCUGGGGCAGUACUGCGACGUGUCCAUCGUGGUGAAGGGCCAGGCCUUCAAGGCCCACCGCGCCGUGCUGGCCGCCAGCAGCCUGUACUUCCGCGACCUGUUCAGCGGCAGCUCCAAGACGCAGUUCGAACUGCCGUCCUCGGUGGCGCCCGCCUGCUUCCAGCAGAUCCUGUCCUUCUGCUACACCGGGAAGCUGACCAUGGCGGCCAGCGAGCAGCUGGUGGUGAUGUACACGGCCGGCUACCUGCAGGUGCAGCACAUCGUGGAGCGGGGCAUGGAGCUGAUGUUCAAGGCCAACUCCCCGCUCUGCGACUCGCAGACGGCCAACAUGGAGGAGUCGGGCUCCGAGCCGCAGAGCCCCAGCAACAACGCGGCGGCGUCCGUGCUGGGCCCCCCCGGCUGGUCCCCCUCGCUGGGCGCCUUGGGGGCCCGCAGGAUCAAGCUGGAGGGGUGCGAGGCCCCGCUGGGGAUGCAGGGGGUGGGACAGAAGCGCGGGGAGGCGGGGAGGUUGGUGCGGGGGGGCAGCUCGCUGUUCUACGCCGGGGCGGGGGCCACGACCGUGUUCCCCGGGGCCCAGCCGUACCCCCCGGGCCACGGGGAGAGGUCCAGCCCGGGGGCCUCCAGCCUGCCCACCACCGACAGUCCCACAUCCUACCAGAACGAGGACGAGGAGUUCGAGGAAGAGCCAUAUGACGGCAUCAACGAGGAGGUCUACGGGCAGAUCUACGGGCGUUCCGCCAACGCCUAUGGCAUCCAGGACAAAUCUGAGGUGGCGGCCAUGCCUCUGUCGCUGGAGAGCCGCUCCUGCGUCCUGAUUCGGCGGGACCUGGUGGCCCUGCCCGCCAGCCUCAUCAGCCAGAUCGGCUACCGCUGCCACCCCAAACUCUACACCGAGGGCGACCCCGGGGAGAAGCUGGAGCUCGUGGGAGGUACCGGGGUGUUCAUGACCAGAGGGCAGCUGAUGAACUGUCACCUGUGCGCCGGAAUCAAGCACAAAGUGCUCCUGCGUCGUCUCCUCGCCACCUUCUUCGACAGGAACACACUGGCCAACAGCUGUGGAACAGGCAUCCGGUCCUCCACCAGCGAUCCCAGCCGGAAACCGUUGGACAGCCGUGUGCUCAACGCUGUCAAACUCUACUGUCAGAACUUCGCUCCCAACUUCAAGGAGAGCGAGAUGAACGUCAUCGCGGCGGACAUGUGCACCAACGCGCGGCGCGUGCGUAAACGCUGGCUGCCCAAGAUCAAGUCCAUGCUCCCGGACGGGAUGGAGGUGUACCGGAGCGCCGCGGCGGCGGGGCUGGGGCUGGGCGGGGGCGGGGCCCCGGGCGGCGCGGUGGGGGCGGCGGGGGGCGUGGCCCUGCCCUUCGAGGCGGAGUUUAAGUCCCUGACGCCGGCCGGCCUGGCCUCCUUCGAGCAGCGGCUGUACGGCGAGAGGAAGGACGCUCUGAGGACACACCUCCAGCUGGGCGGGGCCAGCCCCGGGCCCGAGGCCACGCCCGAGGGGGCGGGGCCUGAGCUGCCGGGCGGAGCCGGGGAGGGGGAGGAGCCCGAUGAGGAAGAGGAAGAAGAGGCGGGGUUAGAGAGCGCGGCGGGCGGGGCCGGGGCCGUCUCCCUGGUGACGGGGGGAGAGGUGGGCGGGGCCUGCACCCCUGACGGACAGAAAGGGGAGGAUUUCGGGGAGGGGCUACGGUUAAACGGGCAGUGAGUGUUUCCGCCCCCCCUAUCACAGCACCACCCCCCACCCCCCACCCCCCCCUUACACACACACCUCUCCCAGACUCCACCCUCCAAAGGGAACCUCUCCGCAUAUUUCACCACACUAGCAGAACACAGACCACACUACAGACCACAGGCACAUACUGACCUCUCCCCCAAACAGUACCGACACAGGCAUUGUUUGAAAGACCAGCUAGCCUAUCAGUGCCACAGAGAGGGCCUAUUUCAGACUUUGUUACAUUAAUGCAAAACAAAAGGUAUUUCCACAGUCGCUAACCAAAAACAAAAAAAGUAUCAGGACUGCAUUACGCUGAUAGGAUACAGACUAGAGUGUGUAAGAAGUUAAGUUGCCUUUGGGAAACCAAACAAGAAGUAUAAAGGCCAAAAUGACAUUGAGCUGAAUAAAAAAUGUCCUUCUUUGAUAGAAACAUGGAAUACAUUUAGCAUAGUGGGGGGUGGGAGGGGCAGGGGGGUGUAAGGACAGCAGAAUUGCAUUAUGGGGACUAUACUGUACCCACUGACAGAUGAACACAGCUACAUGUACGUGGGUAUUCUGCUCAGACGAUGGCUUUCGGUUUGGAAAGACGCUGAAAGGCCUUGUUCUGUGAAAAAUGCGCAUUGAGGGCGAUAUAAUCAGCGGUUAUACAGUAGUUUAUAUGAUUUUCGGUAUUAAUUGGGUAUUCAUUUCAACCCCCUCCAGAAACACGGCGCUUUUGUGGAACUGCAGGCUGCGUAAGACUGAAUCCUCUCUCAGAAGAGUAUCAGAGAGGGUUUAUGCGAGUUUGCUUAAGGAUGGGGCAGAAGAAGAGGGGGCAGUGAGAGGAGAGAUGAACGGGCUCUUUGUGUGGUUUUACAGCCCUGCUGAGCUUGGUUAGCUGCCAUGCCUGUGUCUGUAUCAACAUGUUUGUUUGGAUGUGGAAAACACACACACUCAUACACAAGGCAACACGGCGUGUGUGCACACAUAGCACACCAACACAUGCCCAUGUGCACACGCAUGUACGUGCAUACUCACACACACACACACACAAACACAACACAACACAGCGUGUGCGUGCACACACACGCAGGCAUACCGAACCCACGCAUGCAUGUACAUACAUACUCAGACUCUCUCUCACACAGACACACACGCACACCUUCCUGUUUUUGCUGGUAUAGAUGCACGAAAUACUCCCAACAUAACAGAAACCUGCGCUUGCAAUAGCCUUCAAGUAAUAAUAAUCUUAAGUUCCAGGACUAACCACACACACUCACACGUGCACACACACACACACACACGGUACACACCCAUGUACGCAUACCCACACACACGAAAACGCUUGCAUGCAAAAUGAAUAGAGAAUAAAAAGAACCAAUCACUAACUAAUCUGCAAAAAUGAAAAGAGAAAAAAACUUUGGCUGCCUGAAGAAGCAACAUUAACAUUGUAAAGACUUUUCUUCUGUUCGGACUCGUGGGCGGGGUCAGACCGGGUCGGGAGGUGGGAUUGGGCUGGCAGCUAAG